AUAAAACGUGGCCUGAAUUGUUUCAUUUACCGUAAAGAAGCUAGAAAAUCGAAGUAAAAUAAGCAGACGGCGAAUCUGGGCAGUCCGCCGCUACUCUCAGCCGUCCGCCGCCGUGGAAGUUUGUCGGCGUUCGCCGUUAAUAAGAUUUACGCCAAGCAGGAGGAGCAGAAGAAGGAGAAGAUUGAAGGGGAUGGGUGCUUCGGCGCCGCAGCAGUGGAAGUUCUCUCAGGUAUUCGGCGAGCGGACUCCGGGGGAUUUAAUCGAGGAUGCUGAUCGUAUGGACUUCUUUUCAGUUGAUGUCAUAUCUGCAAUUGAGUUUGAGAGUAGAGGUGAAUAUCUUGCAAUUGGAGAUCAUGGUGGUCGCAUUGUACUCUUUGAAAGCACAAUAGGAAUUAAUCCACAUUUGCGAAAGGAGCUCGAACACAUGGAUUAUCCUACCCCAAUUCAUCCUAGGUACACUUACAAAACAGAGUUUCAGAGUCAUGAGCCAGAGUUUGAUUAUUUGACGAGUUUGGAAAUUGAUGAGAAGCUAAACAAGCUAAGGUGGUGUGCUGCUCCAAAUAAUUCUAUGUUUCUUCUUUCAACAAAUGACAGAACAAUCAAACUGUGGAAGGUUUUGCCAUAUAAAGUGAAGGAAGUGAAGGAAAUGAACCUGAAUCCUCCAGUUUCUUCUGAAAAUACUCUACUGGCUGAGAAUAGUUUCAUGGCUGACCAAAAUAAAUCAUCUAUUAUAAAUGGUUAUCGGCUUGAGUGGUUACCUAAAAGGCAAAGGAACUUGUCUCCACCAAAUUGCGGAGAUCCUCUCCCUCUCUCAAUGCUUAAUAUUAGAGAUGGAGCUUGGGCAAGAUGCCGGAGGGUAUAUGCACAUGCUCACGAUUAUAAAAUUAACUCGAUAUCAAACAAUAGCGAUGGCGAGUCAUUCAUUUCUGCUGAUGACCUCAGAAUAAAUUUAUGGAAUUUGGAAAUAAGUAAUCAAUGCUUCAACAUUAUCGACAUGAAGCCUUCAAACAUGGAUGAUCUAAUAGAGGUGAUAACCGCUGCUGAGUUCCAUCCUACUCACUGUAACCUCCUCGCUUAUGGUAGUUCAAGAGGUUUUAUCCGGUUAUUUGACAUGAGACAAUCUGCCCUAUGUGACCAGAAUGCAAGAAUUUUAAAGGAUCCAGAAUACCAAGGUGCUAGAUCCUUUUUCACAGAGAUUGUUGCUUCUAUUUCUGACCUAAAGUUUGCCAAAGAUGGAACACAUAUUUUAAGUCGCGACUACAUGUACCUAAAGUUGUGGGACAUGCGCAUGGAAGAAGCACCUGUUGCAACUUUUAAGAUGCAUGAGUUUCUCCGCCCUAAGCUAUCAGAGAUGUACAAUAAUGAUUCAAUUUUUGACAAAUUUGAUUGCUGCCUCAGUAGUGAUGGCCAUCAAUUUGCUAGCGGUUCUUACAGCAAUACUUUCAAAAUUUUCACACGUGGUGGACAGGAAAAUGGACUUAUAUUGGAUAUUUGUAAAUGUACACAGAGGCCAUCUCAUUGUACUAAUCGUAGAACACCAAGAAGACUGCGCAGCUUUGCAUGGAGACAGCGAGGAAAUGAGAAUUCAGACAGUAUUAUUCCAUGUGAUAUCACAUCCAAAGUGAUCCACAUGGCCUGGCAUCCUACAGCAGAUAUGGUUGCCUGUGCAUCUGCAAGUAGUUUGUAUAUUUACUCUUCCUGAUAUAUUUUCAGCAAGAUUUUAAAUCCACAUUAGAUGGGGAAGUCAUGGUUUGUGAACAACAUUUGUCUUGCUUAGCAGUUGCCACUUGGUAAGCUCCAAUGUCUUUGACCUCUAAAAUUGAAGUUAGUGCUUCAAAUUGGGCUUUUACAUGCAUACCACUCAAUUCCUAUGUAUUUACAAAUUUUACACCUGAACUUUACCUUUUAUAUUUAUACCAACCAAAUCUUUCAUGUCUUUAAACAGUCAAAUAGACAUUUUUUAUGUGUAGGUGAGGUGGCAUGUAGUCAAAUUUGAAGUUGAGGUAUUAGAUGUGUAAAUAUGAAAGAAUUAGGUUGUAUGUGUAAAUUAUGUGUACCUUUUUUUUUAGCGUUCCUAGUGACAUUGGCGUGUAACGCUUAUGCACCAUCAGCAAAUUUAUAUCAUCCGACAUGAAUCUUGAGACAAAUCUUUUUAAACAAAAAAUAUUCAAUCUUUGAUUAAAAGUUAUCACGAAGUCUGAU